GAUACCAAUCGGCAAUAGUUGUUUAACCUAAUAUCAAAUUCAUAAUUUAUUUAUUUUCUUUUUUUAUUUGAUUUUCACAGUUUUAUUUAUUUGUUUGUUUUUUAUUUUUAUUUUGUUUUCAUUUCAUCACCUAAUCUUGAUGCUUGCCCACCUAUAAACUUAUGUGCCGACAAAUGGGAAAAAGAAAGCCUCUUGUUUUGGGUGCUUUAGUCUCCUUUUCAUGAUGUUCCCCAUUGUUGAUUAUCGGAUUCUCAAUCGACUUUUGUGUUGGGUUUUUCUUUUGAUCGGAAUCGGUUCCCCAAAGCCAAAAUCGCUUCUUGGGAAUUCAUUUGUUAUAGUUUGCUUUAGACAGUUUUGAAACAAUCUUAAUUGUUGUUUUUCUACCCAUCUAAUUAUAUAUGGGCUGAGGUGUACAUUUCAUGGGAGGUGUAGAGGAUGAAGAACCAGCCUCAAAACGCUUGAAAAUAUCUUCUAGAGAACUGGGAGGUCUUUCCAACGGUAUAUCUUCCUUAGAGCCUGUGGCUGGCUCUUCAAGAGACUUAAUGGCUCGGCCCCUACCAUCUGAAGGGGACGAAGAGGUUGUUGGUUCAAAAGGAGUUAUUAAAAGGGUAGAAUUUGUCCGAAUAAUUGCCAAGGCUUUGUAUUCACUUGGUUAUAAGAAAAGUGGUGCUCGUUUGGAGGAAGAGUCAGGGAUACCUUUGCACUCCUCUGUUGUAAAUCUGUUCAUGCAGCAAAUUCUUGAUGGAAAUUGGGAUGAGAGCGUUUCCACAUUGCACAAAAUUGGUUUACCGGAUAACAACAUGGUUAAAUCAGCCUCCUUUAUGAUACUGGAGCAGAAGUUUUUUGAACUUUUGGAUGGGAAGGAUGACAAAGGUGCAUUGAAGACAUUGAGGGAGGAGAUUGUUCCUCUUGACAUUAAUGCUAAAAGAGUCCGUGGGCUUUCUGCGUGCAUGGUUAUUCCUUCAAUUGUUGGGUCUCCUGGUAAACAUAUCGCAAGGGCCAAGCCUCGGUCAAAGCUGCUGGAGGAAUUGCAGGAACUGCUUCCUCCAACAGUUAUGAUACCUGAAAGACGGUUGGAACAUUUAGUUGAACAGGCCCUUGUCUUGCAACGAGAUGCUUGCAUUUUUCACAACUCUUUGAAUGAGGAAAUGUCAUUGUAUACUGAUCAUCAGUGUGGGAGAGAUCAGAUUCCUUCUCGAACAUUGCAGAUAUUACAAGUACACACAGAUGAAGUGUGGUUUCUGCAAUUUUCACAUAAUGGGAGGUACUUAGCUUCAUCAUCUAAUGAUCGAUCGGCAAUCAUAUGGGAGGUUGAUGUGAAUGGUGAAGUGAGAUUAAAACAUAGGUUAUAUGGUCACGUGAAACCUGUAUCCUCUGUUUCAUGGAGUCCUGAUGACCAGCAGCUCCUCACCUGUGGAGUGGAGGAUGCUGUCAGGCGUUGGGAUGUUUCUUCUGGUGAGUGUCUCCAUGUUUAUGAAAAACCAGGUCUUGGCUUUGUCUCAUGUGGAUGGUCUCCUGAUGGGAAAUGGAUAUUCUCUGGCGUCAAUGACAAGAGUAUCUGCAUGUGGGAAUUAGAUGGGAAGGAGUUGGAGUGUUGGAAAGGGCAAAGAACUCUAAAGAUAUCUGAUUUGGAGAUAACAAGUGAUGGGAAGCAGGUGAUAAGUAUUUGUAGAGACACUGCAAUUUUGCUACUUGACAGGGAAGCUAAAGUUGAGAGAUUGAUAGAAGAGGAUCAAACUAUAACUUCAUUCUCGUUGUCAAGGGAUAAUAGGUAUUUGUUGGUUAAUCUUCUGAACCAAGAAAUCCAUCUUUGGAAUAUUCAAGGUGACAUAAAGCUCAUUGCCAAAUACAAAGGUCACAAGCGCACCCGAUUUGUCAUUCGAUCUUGUUUUGGUGGCAUUGAUCAAUCUUUUAUUGCUAGUGGUAGUGAAGAUUCACAGGUUUACGUGUGGCAUAGAGGCUCGGGGGAGCUCAUAGAGGCAUUACCAGGUCAUUCAGGAGCUGUUAAUUGUGUUAGUUGGAAUCCAACGAACCCCCACAUGUUAGCCUCAGCCAGUGAUGAUCGUACCAUUCGAAUAUGGGGCUUAAAGGAGCUAAAUGUGAAGCACAAGGAUGCACACAGCAAUGGUGUCCACUACUGCAAUGGGGGAACUUAAAAAGAGACUUGGAAAAUCAUAUCUUUGGCUAUAAUUUCUUUAUCUGACCAUUGCUUUUGUGUAAAUACCUUAUCAUUGUCACAAUCAGACAUUCAUAUCAAACAAGCAUGUGGAUUAUGCAGCAAGUUUCUGAUAAUAAGUCUACUUUUCUGUAUUUAGUUGAAA